AUCUCUUUCCACUAAUGUGGUCUCUCAGGGCAUAUGCUGGGCCUCAAAUGCAUAUUUGAUUGCGUGUGAGUGAGAGAAAGUCUGCCUAGUAUGUCUAUAUAUGUGUGUUUCUGCGAGUACAUGAACGCGAAAGAGAGAAAUACGCUUUAGUUAAGAAAUGGUUAAGGAUCUGAAGUUGGAUUACGUCUUAUAGUAUGCUGAGGCCACACAAGAUUUGAUCUUUUCAUCUAAUGGACACUGUUUUCAUACCAUAAGGCAUGCAGUAUGAUGCCUCAGACUCUCUUGUGGACUAAUACAGAAAUCAAAGUAGAGAACUGGGGAGACUGACACCUGUGAAUAUAGAAUGGGUUGUGCUUGUAGUGACCAGAAACAUGGUAAAGACUCAAAAAAUAAAGGACAUGACCAUUUUAAUUCUACAAACUCUAACGCAUCUCAUUUAUCAAGAGAGCACAUGCAAAACAACAAUCAAGACAUUGUUGUUGCUCAAUAUGACUUCCAGCCUGCUAGUGACAGUGAUCUUCAAUUCAAAAAAGGAGACAGACUCAAGAUUAUUAAGGAAACUGGGGAAUGGUGGUUGGCGAAGUCUUUGGUCACAGGUUAUGAGGGAUAUAUUCCAAGUACAUAUGUGGCAAGAGCAGAAACAUUGGAGGUGGAGAGAUGGUUUUUCAAGAACAUGAGCCGCAGAGACACAGAGCGUCUUCUACUGGCCCCAGGAAACAAGUCUGGUUCAUUUCUUGUGCGAGAAAGUGAAACAACCAAAGGUGCUUUCUCACUGUCUGUACGAGAUUCCAAUCCAGAGCAAGGUGAUGUGGUCAAGCACUAUAAGAUCCGUGCCCUUGAUAACGGCGGUUUCUACAUCUCUCCAUCCACAACCUUUUCCUCUCUACAGGAACUAGUGAAGUUUUACUCCAGGACAGCAGAUGGUCUGUGCCUGAGGCUAGGAAGUCCCUGUAAGAUUGUUGCCCCUGAGAGACCCUGGGCUCAAGACGAGUGGGAGAUUCCCAGGGAGACUCUGAAGAUGGUAAAAAAACUUGGCGCUGGCCAGUUUGGAGAAGUGUGGAUGGGGUUUUAUAAAAACAACCAGAAAGUGGCUGUUAAGACUUUAAAGGAAGGCACUAUGGAGCCAGAGGCUUUCCUACAGGAGGCUAAUCUGAUGAAGCAGCUCCAACAUGAGAGACUGGUGAAAUUGCACGCUGUGGUCACCAAGGAGCCCAUCCUCAUUGUCACAGAAUACAUGUCAAAUGGAAGCUUGUUAGACUUUCUAAAAACAGAGGAUGGCCAUAAGUUAAGACUUCCCAAGCUGAUUGAUAUGACUGCUCAAAUUGCAGAGGGCAUGGCUUACAUAGAAAGGAAAAACUACAUUCAUAGAGAUCUGCGUGCCGCUAAUAUUCUUGUCUCUGAGACCCUGCACUGCAAAAUAGCUGACUUUGGCCUUGCCAGGAUUAUCGAAACGGAAUAUACUGCACAAGAAGGUGCAAAAUUCCCUAUUAAGUGGACAGCCCCUGAAGCCAUCAACUUUGGUACAUUCACCAUCAAGUCAGAUGUGUGGUCCUUUGGAAUUCUUCUAACAGAGAUUGUCACAUAUGGCAGAGUACCUUAUCCAGGCAUGACAAAUCCAGAGGUGAUCCGUAACCUUGACAGGAACUACAGGAUGCCAUGUCCUGAUGGCUGCCCAGGGGAGCUCUAUGACAUCAUUCUAAAGUGCUGGAAUGAAAGGCCAGAGGACAGACCCACUUUUGACCACCUACAGGACAUACUCAAUGACUUCUUCAUUGCCACUGAGGGCCAGUACGAGAUGCACCCAUAGCCCUUGCAUUCCCACUGUUAAGCUAUAAAUAAAUAGAUGGACUGAAAGUGGUAUUGACAGAUAUACACUUGGAAUGAAUGUGAAAUGGGAAGGAUGAACUAAGCCAAGGACCAAAAUAUAUAUUAUGGGGAAUAUACCCAUCAUUGUAUGUCAUUAAAUGUUUUUUUUAUUUGUUACUGUUUCUGUUCUCAUGGUAUAAUGUAUUUCUUUAGUGGCUCACGGUCUUCUUGGUACUUCAUAAAUCUUUUAAAGGUGAUGUGUGUAAAUGUGUGUGUGUUUGUUAAUGUUAAAAAUACUUUCUACUAUACCAGCUUAAUGUGUAAAAAACAUAAGUAGGACAUUUGUUGGUUGAUUCCCCAAAGGUGAUAACAGAUGGCUCUGUGUCACAUUCAAAACCCUGUUUGUUAGAGCAUCCCAACCAGCCCGAUAUAUCAAUAUUGUCUCAAUGGCAUGACAUUGGGGCAUUAUCUGUUCAGGAAACCUGUUUAAAAACAUUAUAUUUGCAAUUCCAUGCUAGAGGUGCUGAAAUUACAUACUCCAUCUUUAAAACUCAUAACUAUAACACACAAAAAACAGAACCAUAGCACAAUUAGCAUUUAACUGCCAGUAAAAACAAGAUCUUUCUAUAUCUUACUCUGAAGUUUCAGUAAACCCAUUUACAACUAUUUAACAUUAUCACUGCACAUUAUCUGUGGCUCUUUUGAACUUUAAACUGAAGUGAAUGUGUGUUAAAUAAAUUGGGACAUGUUCUCAAGAGAUCUGACCACUGACUACUUCAUUAGAGGUUUCAUGAAGCAAACGAUACAAUGAAAAGUUUUUACUCAGAUUUUCUCCUGAGAUUAAAUGUUCCGUUCAUCAAGAGUAAAAAUUUCGAAUUUACUGAUAAUAAAGUAGAGUGGAUGGCUAUUGUCUACUAACAUAUAGCAUUUGUAUGUUUACGUUCUGAUACUGUGUUUGU